AUGGAAUUCCUUAAAGGGGGUAAAGAGAGAAUGAUGGCUCCAAGCGUGGGACAGCGGAAUUUAAACGCCAACGAAUCUAAUGAUUACAUCACUGAUAAAGUCGAUAGCAACGGCAAAUCGAAUAGCCGAUGUUCAAGCAUGUCGGACGGAGAAAGUUAUGAGUGUUAUGGUGAAGUUGAGAUGGACACUUCCCUGUCCGGUCAUAUCAAUGGAAGUGGAGAGACUCGCCUUUCCAACGGCAAUAGCCUAAAGAGGAACACGUGGCUGAGAACGAGUCUCAAGAGGUCUAGCAAGCAAUCCUUGGGCUUCAGAAGUAUUUACUUCAUUCCUGUUCCACGAAAAGUCCAUCAUGAUUCUUCCUCUUGUUUACUCCUGGUUCCUCCGACUCCCUGGACCACAAUGACUCCGUCACUGAUCUAG